GUCACGUUCACGUGCUGCUGAAAGCGACUCAUGUACAGCGGAUAGCUGCCGGAUAAUCGUUUGAAUUUCGACUCUUUUGAACCGUAUCCAAUAUGGGAGCAGUUUACGCAGAGAGUUAGUAACGUCUUUAGGCUGGAUUUGUGCAGGCGGCUCCAUUGUUUUAAUUGUCGUAUAAAGCUCUAUUGGGGAGAUACAACAAAAAUUUGCAAAACUUCAGAUUUCCACGAAAAUGACGUGUAUUUGUAUGGACACUUGUGCCUAUCUAUGACUACCGUGGUGUGUGUCAAACAAACACACACAUACGAACGCAAAUAGUUUUGUUUAUCGUUUGAUAUGCUAUUUUUUUUAAUAUCAAUUAUAAUAUAUUUAAUACAAUAACAACGAGUGGGCGGACGGACAAAAAGCUCAAAAGAAAGCUGCUGUUUUGCUGGUUGGAUGUGUAUAAAGACUACACAAGCGCCUCACCGCAGCUAUUCAAUUAAAAUCGCUUAAGAAUAUCGCGGUGACAAAUAAUAAAAGCGAAAACCAACCAAGGACAAGGAAGAAAACAAUUCAACUACUCAACACUCAAAAUAGUCCGCAUAAAUCUCAAAUCAAAUUGAACUUCGAUUGGCGUAGGAGCAACAAACAAAUAAAAACCAUCGAGUCGAGAAUUUGUAGAAGGGGGAAAAAUUAACCAUCCAUACAUACAGUAUUGAAGCACGUCCAGAAAAUCGCAACAAAUGGUUUUUUAAAGCGUCUUCAGGCAGGGCGUGUAAUCUGCAGCAACUUCUUCAGCACUCCACCAACAGUGGCUGCAAAUAUAUGAUAUUUCUGAUCUCCCAAUACUAGUAAGCGAGCGAGCAUGUCUGUUCCAGAUAUAUUGAUUGUGGACAGCCCGGUGGGAAAACUGGAUGAGUGCAAUCAAAGACAGAAUGGCUCUAAUUUUGGAGACGCUGCAGCUGUAGCCCAAGCCAAGGCAGAUGGAACGGCCAUCGCAACGUGCACACCCACUUUGAGGACUUUUAGCGUGCUGGUUAAGCAUGCACUGGAACCAAAUGAACUGGUGGGCUUGACGGGAGACCACAAAUCCUUGGGGUCUUGGAGAUUGGAAGACUCGGUGGCGUUAAAGAAAAAAGGUGAAAGUGGCAACGAGUGGUCGGCCAGUGUCAUGCUACAGUCUUGUGAGAAGAUCAACUACCGAUAUUUUACCUAUGUCCAGGACCAAAAUCAUCAGAAACACAUUCGGCUCUGGGAGAGCCACUUGAAACCAAGAACCCUUGACGCUUGUCAGACCAAUUGCCGCCUAGUGGAUGUCUUUGGAGAGAAUUCUAAUGGCGAGGUACAACUUAAUCGCGGCUGGAUCACUCAGGAGCUCAUAUACCAAUUCAAAUUCGAAAGGGAGCGCAUGUUCCAUGUACACGAUAUUGAGAAAUUCGAUCCCGAAAAUGUCUGGAUCAAGCUUGUGCCUUUGCAAGAAGACCUUGAGACGCCCAUGGAUACCAAAGUAACGGCUGUGAACGUUGAAGUAGUGAAGAUGAGUAACAAUGAAAGCUUGCUGCAACAACAACCGUCCAUGGGUGUACCCCAUAAACGCAACGAGGUUGUGAUAUUCCAUGUGACUGUUCCUAAGAUGUUAGUUCCAGCAUUUGCCUUGGUUUUCCACUCGGCCAAGGAUCAGCUGCCCAUGGGCAAGACAGUUAUUGUGCCCUCUAGUUUGCAGGGUAGCGAAGGAGAACUGGAACUAAGCAUUAGAGAUGCGACCGCCGACACUCAAUCGAACGUAGUGGCCCGCCUGAAACUACCCUAUUUGGUGGUGAAGCCUUUUACUGAAGUCGAUAUACUCGAUUUUCGUACCACCUAUGCCCAUUACUGGCCAAAAUCGUGGCCCAUUUUGGAUGUGGGCCACAGAGGCAAUGGAAAGAGUUACAUAGCCAAUCCUCCCAAAGAAGUGGAAAAUACUGUGGCCUCGUUUUUGAAAGCUUACGAAGUGUUUGCCGACAUGAUUGAACUGGACGUCCAUUUGACAUCGGACGGCAUCCCAGUGAUAUACCACGACUUUGGUCUACGCACCGCUCCUCAUGGAAAAGAGAUCACCGAAAUUUCUCAACUGGAAUACGUGCUCAUAAAAGACAUUACCUACGAUGAGUUGUGCGCCCUGCGAGUCUUUGCCGUUAUCAACAAUGAAAUUAAGGAGUACACAUCGCACAACGCCGAACCCAUUGUGGAGCGACGCAUAUUCCCGCGAUUGGUGGAUGUCUUGGAGGCCUUGCCCAAGACUCUGGGAAUCGACGUGGAAAUUAAGUGGCCCCAGCGCAAGCAAUGUGGUGGAGUAGAGGCUGAGCAAACUAUUGAUAAAAACUUCUUCAUAAACCGUGUGCUGGAAAUUAUUAUACACAAGGGAUGCGGUCGCCCCUUGAUCUUUUCCAGCUUCGAUGCCGACAUCUGCACCAUGUUGCGUUUCAAGCAGAACAUUUUCCCUGUGAUGUUUCUGUCGAUGGGCGAGACGAAAAAGUGGGAACCUUUCCUGGACCUUCGGACGAGGACCUUCCAGCAGGCAGUCAACAAUGCGCAGGCAUUUGAAUUGGCCGGCACUGCGCCCCACGCCGAAGACUUUAUUAACAAUGACCUGGCAGCAGGCAUGAUGCAGAGGGCCCGCAGUCUGGGUCAAAUCGCUCUGGUCUGGGGCGAUGAUUGCAAUUCCAAAGAGGCUGUAAAGUAUUUCCACACCAUAGGCGCUACCGCUACCUGUUACGACCGAUCCGACCUCUACAUGCCCGACAACAAAGAGCGUUCGUUUUUCAAUUCCUCGAUGUCGCUGCAAGAGUUCCAAGGACAAUGCCGUCCCAACUAGUGAUAUGGUCAAUUCUGUUAUGUGCUAAUAAGUAUUCCUUCCAAAGUGUAAUUAACACUCACACACACACACACACACCCAUAUAUAUAGACAAAUUUUUUAUACACUCCAUUUCUGUUCACCAAUGCUGCCAUUCGACGAUAAGACAUGCCAUAUGUAAUUUCAAAAACAACAACUCUGAAAGUUGCCCACAUCGUGUGAUACGUACGAAAAAUUUAACAUGGCCAAUGAAUGCAACUUUUUUGAUUAAAUGAUACAUGCAUAUGUAAAGAAACAAGUACAAUACAUAUGAGAACACAUGCCGAUUAGAGCACGCUCUAUUCGUAUUCGACAGCUAUAUGAGCGGACAUGUCUUAUCGUCUAAUGGCAGCCUAACUAAGUAUUGCUAAAAUAUGCGUUUAGGUGAGGCAAAUGUUUAAACUUCUGGUUAUGUUAAAUUUCAUUGUUUUACUAUUGCUUUGUUUUAAAUAAAUUUUAACAAAUACAAACAAGCACAACAAUA